GCCCCGGACUUGCCCGCGCUCUGCAGCCGGGGCAGGAGGGUCGCGACUGUCCUCGGAGGCCGUGAAGGAGGACGACCCCGCGUGCAGCCCGUGCACCCCUCGCCAUGGCGGCGCCGUCGCGGCUCCUGAUCCGCGGGGGCCGCGUGGUCAACGACGACUUUUCGCAGGCGGCCGACGUGCUGGUGGAGGACGGCGUGGUGCGCGCGCUCGGGCGCGACCUGCUGCCGCCGGGGGCCGCCCCCUCCGGGCUGCGGGUCCUCGACGCCGCCGGCAAGCUCGUCCUACCCGGAGGCAUCGACACGCACACGCACCUGCAGUUCCCCUUCAUGGGCUCGCGGUCCAUCGACGACUUCCACCAGGGCACCAAGGCUGCCCUGGCAGGAGGCACCACCACAAUCAUUGAUUUUGCCAUUCCUCACAAAGGCAGCUCCCUCAUCGAGGCCUUCGAGACCUGGCGAAGCUGGGCUGAUCCCAAAGUCUGCUGUGACUACAGCCUUCAUGUGGGAGUGACAUGGUGGAGUGAUCAGGUCAAAGAAGAGAUGAAAAUCCUUGCCCAAGAUAAAGGUGUGAACUCUUUCAAGAUGUUUAUGGCCUAUAAAGAUCUGUACAUGGUGAGAGAUGUGGAGUUGUACGCAGCCUUCUCUUGGUGCAAAGAAAUUGGAGCAAUUGCUCAGGUCCACGCAGAAAAUGGAGACCUAAUUGCAGAGGGGGCAAAGAAGAUGUUGGCAUUGGGCAUAACAGGUCCUGAGGGCCAUGAACUGUGCCGCCCCGAAGCAGUGGAGGCAGAGGCCACACUGCGGGCCAUCACCAUAGCCAGCGCCAUCAACUGCCCUCUCUACAUCGUGCACGUGAUGAGCAAGUCGGCAGCAAAGGUGAUAGCGGAUGCAAGGAGAGAAGGGAAGGUGGUGUACGGAGAGCCCAUUGCAGCAUGUCUCGGCACGGACGGUACUCACUACUGGAAUAAAGAGUGGCACCACGCAGCCCACUAUGUUAUGGGCCCACCCCUGCGACCGGACCCAUCAACGCCAGACUUCCUCAUGAAUCUCUUGGCUAACGAUGAUCUCACCACCACAGGGACUGACAACUGCACUUUCAACACCUGCCAGAAAGCUCUGGGGAAGGAUGAUUUUACUAAGAUUCCCAAUGGGGUGAAUGGCUUGGAGGACCGGAUGUCAGUGAUUUGGGAAAAAGGCGUGCAUAGUGGUAAAAUGGAUGAAAACCGAUUUGUGGCAGUUACCAGCACAAAUGCAGCUAAAAUUUUUAAUCUCUAUCCAAGAAAAGGAAGAAUAGCUGUGGGGUCAGAUGCUGACAUUGUGAUUUGGGACCCAAAAGCCACAAGGUAA